GAUCUGCUAGUAUGUUUUGAAAUGUGUAUGAUGCUUUAGGACACAUUUGCAGGGGAAACGUCCAAGUCUAUAUGAAGCAGGUUUUGCGCUCAUAAAAAAUGGUAUUUGAAUAUAAAGGACAAUUCAGCCUUCUAGAGCUCUUUAGCGGCACUGAAAACAGUCGGACCAGGAGAUCUUCCGUAUUCUCUCUGUGUAGAAGAAUGUCUUUGACUUCACACUGCAGGAUCUGAGCAGUUUAAUGCUCUCUCACACAAAGCAGAAGACACCAUGAGAUCCAUUCAGUGCAAAGCCACGACUCUCACACUCUGCUGCCUUUGAGACUUAGACAACUUUUGAUCUGUUCUUCACCGGAGGGCUGGAACUGUGAGUGUGUGUGUGUGUGUGUGUGUGUGUGUGUGUGUGUGUGUGAGAAGAGGAACCACUCAUGCGGGCACAGGAGAACUGAGAUUCUAACUGAAAAUUUGGUUGCAUGAUGGUCUCACAGGGUUCUUUGCUGAAGAGUGUUCUUUGCAGCUGAAGUCAUAUAUCUCAGUAUGGAAGCACUCCAGACUGAAACGAGGGAGAAGCAAGGAUGAGGAAACUCUGACAGACAGACGACACAGGAAUCUAGCACUCGCACAGUCUUUAGACCAAAGUCACGGACUGAUUUUUUUUACUGAAGUGCUGUAUGAUGUUUCUGCUGGGUGUUCUGUGCGUGUUGUGCGUCUGGAGUCCGGCAACUCUGACCGGUGGAUUGGGAUCCACACCGAAUACCAUACCUCGCAAAACAGUGCCAGUUAGUAGUAAUGGAGGACGUUUGUUUCGUGAGGAGGGUGUUUGGAACUACACCACUAUGCUUCUGAGGGAAGAUCUCAACAUGCUCAUCCUGGGUGCCAGGGAAGCCAUUUUUGCCCUUGAUCUUGAUGACAUUACAGUCAAAAAGGCCAAGGUGUAUUGGCCAGUCACAAAUAAGGAGCAAAAAGUCUGUUCCAAUAAGGGAAAAGAUGCUGCAAAUGAUUGCAAAAAUUAUAUCAAAAUUCUUCAUAAAAGAAACGAUGACAGAAUGUAUGUUUGCGGAACCAAAGCCUUCAUCCCAACCUGUGACUAUAUGUCCUAUGCAGAUGGCAAUCUGAUUUUAGAGGGCAAACAAGAAGAUGGGAAGGGGAAAUGUCCCUUUGAUCCUUCUCAGCGAUACACAUCAGAGAUGGUUGAUGGAGUACUGUACUCUGCAACUUCAAUGAACUUCCGGGGUUCAGAGCCAGUUAUGAUGCGCAGCUCAGAGGAAUCCAUACGAACAGAGUUUGCGAGCACCUGGCUCAAUGAACCAAAUUUUAUCCACAUGGCCCAUAUACGUGAGGGAGAUUCAACCCCUGAAGGGGACGAUGACAAGAUCUAUCUGUUCUUCAGUGAGACAGCAGUGGAAUAUGACUCAUACACCAAGGUGGACGUCUCUCGAAUAGCUCGUGUGUGCAAGGGAGACUUGGGUGGGCUGAGGACGCUGCAGAGGAAGUGGACUUCAUUUCUAAAAGCAAGGCUCGACUGUCCCAUUCCAAACAACAACCUGCCGCUUCUGGUCCAGGAUGUGUUCCACUUGUGCCCCGGCAACUGGACCACCUGCGUGUUUUAUGCUGUCUUUACCUCACAAUUAGACUCUUUUCAGUACUCUGCGGUAUGCGCAUACAAAAUUGAAGACAUCCAGACUGUGUUCUCAAAGGGCAAAUUUAAGGCUCCUGUUACUGUUGAGACGUCGUUCGUGAAGUGGGUGAUGUAUUCAGGUGAUGUGCCUGACCCCCGACCCGGAGCAUGCAUUGAUAAUAAUGCCAGGAGAAUGGGUUUCACCAGUUCUCUGGAUCUUCCAGACAAAACCUUGCAGUUUAUCAAAGACAAGCCUCUGAUGGACCAGGCCGUCAAGGCCAGUGAAGAGAAACCCCUGCUGGUGAAGAGAGGCACUGCUUUCACUAGAAUUGUGGUGGCCACAGCAACGGCCUUGAACGGGACCAGCCAUCAAGUCAUGUUCAUCGGAACAAAGAGCGGCUCAGUGCUGAAAGCUGUGAAUUAUGACGGCGAGAUGGUCAUUAUGGAAGAGAUUCAGCUAUUUGAGCCCUCAGAGCCAGUGAAGAUACUGCGAAUUUCCAACACCAAGCUGUACGUGGGUUCGGAGGUGGGCGUGGUUCAGCUGUCCAUCAGCGAAUGUGGGCGGUACCACAAGUGUUUGGACUGUGUUCUGGCCAGGGAUCCGUACUGUGGCUGGGACCUCAAUGCUGACAAGUGCUCUACCAUAAACAGCACACACAGAACCAGAACCAGCACCAUGAUUCAGAGUUUGAGUGAUGGUGAUGCCAGACGAUGUCCACAAACAGAUGACAGUAAGUCAGUCAGCGUCUCGUUUCUCCACGACAAUACCGUGAAGCUGUGGUGCCAGCCUUAUUCCAACCUGGCUCAGGUCCAGUGGCAGCUGAACGGACAACCCAUCAAAGCAUCAAACACCUUCCAGAUCCUCUCCGACAGCCUGAUGAUCUUCAAUGCCUCUGAAGACACCAGCGGCCACUACACCUGCAGUUCUGUAGAGAGGAAUUACACAACCCAGCACGUAGCGUAUGAUCUAAAGAUCUGUAAAAAGGAAAAUACACUGGUGGCUAUAGUGGUGGUAUUGUCACUAAUUCUAGCUGUGCUAGUCAUUUGGAACCUGUGCAAAGGGCAUUUAUCUUUGCCGUUUUGCCACAGCAGGGUAAAGGACACAGCAAACGUGUGCGAGCAAAGUUUAUAUGAGAACCAGCCUCCAGAACAUAAACUAGCAUCACCAACGGAGAACAUGAACAGCAACAACAACCAUGUGAACGUCCAGAGGCAUUCCAGCUCUAGAGAAACAGACAGACUCUCAUCCACUGUUGGUUCCUCAGGUCAGAUCUCACUGAAAUAUAGAGACGGUGAAUCUGAGAUUUAAGAUGUUUUUAUGCAGACUUGCUAAUGUUGCUAAUCAUCAUUUAUAUGCAGACCGAGCCACCUGGUGCUGGUUCCUCUUUUGCAGCUGUUAACUUUUGACUAAACUGCUGUUUUGACCCACUUUUUAUCCUUGAUGAAUCUUUACAUUCUCUUCCAAAUACCAUCAUUCAACCAUCAUGCACCAACAUGUCCAGUGGCCGCAUUUUUGCAUAAAGUUUGUCUACAUUGCAGCUUGCUUUGGCCAAGAAUCACCAAAGUACUUUUCAAAGACAGUCAAAUCACUUGGUGGCCAUAUUUUCAAUGCCACCAGGCAGCUAUUUCAGUCAAGCAAAACCAACUUCUAUCUGCUUGAUCGGGGAAAUAGUGAAAUCUUAAGAACUGCUUGGCAAUAUUUCAAAAUUCUAACAUAAACCGCCUCAUAAAUGCUGUUUCAUACAUUAAAAUAGAGUUAAAAUGUAACAUUAAAAUGCAUUUGCUAAGCACGA